AUGUCAUCCGACUAUAGAGCCUCUUAUUGGUUGCAUUGGCAGUCUGCAUCAGGUGCGGAGAUAUGUGAAAUUGAGGCGGACCCCGAGAGGUUCAAUUUUCUAUCCUUUCUCGCCACGGCGCAGGCGUUGAAAGUUGAGUUUCUACCCAUUGCCUGGGAUGCAAGCGGAGCUAUUGGCGCCGGUGGAACGUCCAUGAUCCAUCAGACACUUGUAAACCUGGACACAAGUUUUGCUUUCAAAACCUACCGCAAGCGGGAUAAAACAGAGGAGCAGAUAUUCCGAACGCUUAUCGCCGAGAUCACCAUCCUAAGUCAGCCAUUUAUACAGGAGCACGCCAACAUCGUGCAGCUGCAGGGGAUCUGCUGGGACAUCUCCCCUGACAACGAUAAGCCGUGGCCGGUUCUAGUCUUUGAAAAAUCACAUCUAGGGGACUUGUACCACUUUGCAACGAAUGAGGGGCGGAACAUGACUUUCGAGGAGCGACUCACGCUUUGCGCGGAUAUCGGAAGAGCGGUUAUCGACGUGCACUCAAAUCACAUUGUACAUGGUAAUUUGAAGCCAGAAAAUGUCCUUGUCUUCCAAGACAAUGCCAGGAGAUACAGCGCAAGGGUCAUAGACUUUGGCUACUCCACGAAAUACGCCGACGAAGACCAGCCGCUCAUUCUGCCAAUAUCGGAGCCGUGGAACGCGCCAGAAAACAACGGUCGGGUUCAUCAGUGGACUCCUAGGCGGGCCGUAAAAGCGGACCUGUUUUGUUUCGGUGUGCUGUGCGUCUGGCUCAUGUUCGAGCCCCGCCUUUGCGGAACAGCAGCAUUGUCUCAGAGUGUAGAAGGGUCUACUGCUACGCUUCGCUGGAUGAAGGGGAAACUCUUAAUAUAUGCUCAGCAGCUAUCAAAGUCGGAGACAGCCUUGGGGACCAACAUGAUGACAACAAUAAGCGAAUUCUUUGGCUCAAGUCUAAGUCAAGAUCCAGAGAAGCGAGAAAUCAACUGCAUAGAGCGGUUUCUCUUCAAGUUAGACCCGCAAUGGUAA